AUGCCCCGAAAUACCCUCUACGUCACCAACUUCUCGCGGGAAUCGAAAGCGGCUGACCUCGCGCCUGACUUCGAACACUACGGUGAACUUAUCAGGCUUGACAUCCCUCCUCCCCGUACCGAUGAUGGCGAAAAGUAUGCCUUUGUCGAAUACCGAGAGGUGGAAGCAGCCGAGCAGGCGCUUGAAAUGCAUGGCAGACAGCUUCCGUACGCUAAAGAAGGCGGUUUGAUGGUGCAAAUGGCUCGUUCCGACCCCUACACUCGCACCCGCAGAUCCCGUGGCCGUCGGCGCGAUAGACGUGGCCCUCCAGACUAUGGUAGAGGCUACGACCCGCGAGGAUACGGCUACCCCGACGAACCGCUCGCUCCGGAAGCCUACGGUCCUCGUGGUUAUGGAUACGCCCCUCGUGGUGGCUACAAUGACCGUGAACACAGUCGAGACUACGAUAGACGCGAAGACUACCAGUCUUAUCGCAGUAAACGCGAGCGCGAAGCUCAGCGUCGAUCAUACCUGAGACUGCCUCUGCGUGAUCGGCUGAGACUGCCUGUACGUCACCGCUCUCGUUCUCCCGUGAGAGACCGUUCCCCUCCAGCUCGGUCGCGCUCCCCCGUACGCAACCGAUCGCCUCCUCCUCAAUCUCUGCAUCCUCCUCGCUCUCCCGUCCGGGACGACGCUCCCCCACUGUGA